ACCAUCUGUCUCUCUGAAUUAGGUUUCACAUGAGUUCUGUCUCUCUUUAUCUGUGGCCACACACACAUCAGAGCGUCCCACCUAUAAUUAGGCAUAAGGAAAAGAAACGAAAACGAAAGUGUUUGUCUCUUUAACACAGAGCUCCUUGUCGUCCAUGCAAAUGGCAGAUGAUAAGAACACACACAUGUGCUCGAUUUGCCUCCAGGACCUGAAGGAAAACACCUUUCAUCGGUGCGGGACAGAUCCGGAUGAAUCCGUAGAUUCGGUUGCAGGGGAACUGGGAAAGAUGGGAUUUCAGACGUGCGACUCCUGCACUGGUAGGGAGGAGAAAGCCAUCAAGACUUGUCUGGUGUGUUUGGCGUCGUACUGCGAAACUCACCUUCAGAUGCACAAUGACUUGAGUGCUGGGAAUACACACUUACUGGUGGACGUCACUGGAAACCUCCUGGAGAAGAUGUGCGGUGAACACCAGAGGCUCUUGGAGGUUUACUGUCGCACUGAUGGUCAGUGCAUCUGCUGUUUUUGCAUGCUUGAUGUGAAACACAAAGGACAUGAUAUGGUGUGUGUGGCGACAGAGCGAGCUGACAAACAGAGGCAGCUGGAAAAGUCCGUGCAGAUCGUUACGGAUCGAGUGACUGAGCUGAAAGAAAUCCAGAAGUCGGCAGGUUCCCUCAGGAACCUGACUCAAGCCACAGAGGAGGAAUGUGACAGGAUCUUUACCGAGUUGCUUGGCUUUAUACGGAAAAGCCACAAAGAGACGAUUAUGCUGGUCCAAACUCAGAUGUCCACGGAGUUGGACCGAAUUCAGGGACAUUCGGAAGGUCUGGAACAGGAGAUCUCAAAGCUGAGGAUGAAACAGUCCGAGCUGGAGCAGCUCUCACACACUGAUGAUCACAUUUAUUUCCUCCAGGAGGUCGAAUCUCGCUGGCCGACUUCGCAGUGUACCGACUUUCCCAACCUAACCACUAAUCCACAGUUCUCCUUUGGAGAAGUGAUCAAGUCCCUCUCCUCAUUAACAGCACAAAUAGAGGACACGUGGAGGCUGGAAAUGACCAGGAUAUUCUCAGCAGUGACUGCAGAGAAGAUCCUCCUACCACAAGAACCCCAAACAAGGGAGGACUUUCUAAAGUUUCUGGUCCCCUUGAGUCUGGACCCAAACUCGGCCCAUAGGAACCUCCGGUUAUCGGAGCAGAACCAGGCUGUGGAUUGCAGCAUUGAGCCCCAGUCAUACCCUGAGCACCAGGACAGGUUCGAGUGGUGGGCCCAAGUACUGAGCAAGAAAGGGCUGACGGGCCGAUGCUACUGGGAGGUGGUGUGGGCCGGGGAAUAUGGCGUAGACGUCGCAGUGUCAUACAAAGACAUCAGCAGAACUGGGCAAGACGACGACAGCGGGUUUGGGUACAACAGCCAAUCCUGGAGUUUGGACUGUACAAUAUUCAGAUAUGCACUAGUGCACAAUAACGAGGAGGUGGAGGUGGACGUACCCCUGUCCCAUCGGAUCGGGGUGUAUCUGGAUCACCGGGCAGGACGGCUGUCCUUCUACAGCGUCUCAGACACCAUGAUCCUCCUACACCAGGUCCAAACCAGGUUCACUCAACCCCUCUACCCAGGAUUUGGCCUCUUUCAGGGAUCAAGCGCGAAAUUUUGUGGACUGUAAAGUUUCCAAUAAAGGGAUAGAUCACCAAACAAUGUAAAUCCUGCCAUUAUUUACUUACCAAAAUGACUUACUUUACACCACAUGCUCAAUAAACACUUCAACACAGACGUAUGUUCUGUCAAGGUGCUUUUAAUGGUCAGCUACGCAAAAGAAACGCAUCAUGCAGCAUCUAAAACGAACAAGUGUAAAUGAACAAGUGUAAUAUACCCAGGUCUUAUUACAGUUCACAAGCCCUUUAAACCAACCCAAGUGUGAAAUAUUGGAAAACGCUUCGACACGGUUGCCAGAUAUUUAAAUCACGGGUGAAGUCUCGUUCAGUGAAGAUAGAGAAAUAUAUCUGGUCAAAUAGAUUAACACCAGUACAGCUUUGUUGCUUUCCAAAACACCUGCGGAUUUAUUUGACGAACCACAACUCAAAAAGCUCGCGAAUCGCAUUUUUCCUAUUUUGCGCAGGUGAUUAACACACAUCAUACUCACAGUAAUGAUUCUUGAGAUGGAG